AUGUCCCUUGGAGACGGACGGCAGGAAGUUUCCUCUCGAACUGGGCGCUCUGGAGCUCGCUGCAGGAACUCUAUAGCUUCCUGCGCAGAUGAGCAGCCUCAUAUUGGAAAUUACAGACUCCUUAAAACGAUUGGAAAGGGGAAUUUUGCAAAAGUAAAACUGGCAAGGCACAUCCUAACUGGCAGAGAGGUUGCCAUAAAAAUAAUUGACAAGACACAGCUGAACCCAACUAGUCUACAAAAGCUCUUUAGAGAAGUAAGAAUAAUGAAGAUCUUAAAUCAUCCAAACAUAGUGAAGCUAUUUGAAGUCAUUGAAACUGAAAAAACUCUCUAUUUAAUAAUGGAAUAUGCGAGUGGGGGGGAAGUGUUUGACUAUCUGGUUGCACAUGGAAGAAUGAAGGAAAAGGAGGCUAGAGCUAAAUUUAGACAGAUAGUAUCCGCAGUGCAGUAUUGCCAUCAAAAGCAUAUUGUUCAUAGAGAUCUCAAGGCUGAAAAUCUAUUGCUAGAUGCAGAUAUGAACAUUAAAAUAGCUGACUUUGGUUUUAGCAAUGAGUUUACAGUUGGAAAUAAACUGGACACUUUUUGUGGCAGCCCACCUUAUGCUGCUCCAGAGCUCUUUCAAGGGAAGAAAUAUGAUGGACCUGAAGUAGAUGUUUGGAGUUUAGGCGUUAUUCUUUAUACUCUUGUCAGUGGAUCUCUUCCUUUCGAUGGACAGAACUUAAAGGAACUUAGAGAAAGAGUGCUAAGGGGAAAAUACAGGAUUCCUUUCUACAUGUCCACAGACUGUGAAAACCUCCUCAAACGUUUCCUGGUGCUAAACCCAACAAAAAGAGGCACUCUAGAGCAAAUUAUGAAGGACAGGUGGAUCAAUGCAGGGCAUGAGGAGGAUGAACUUAAACCUUUUGUUGAACCAGAACUAGAUAUCUCGGACCAGAAAAGAAUAGAUAUUAUGGUAGGAAUGGGAUAUUCUCAAGAAGAAAUUCAAGAAUCCCUUAGUAAAAUGAAAUAUGAUGAAAUCACAGCUACAUACUUACUGCUAGGAAGGAAAUCGUCAGAGUUGGAUGCAAGUGAUUCAAGCUCCAGCAGCAACCUUUCACUUGCCAAAGUUAGGCCAAGUAGUGAUCUUAAUAAUAGCACUGGACAAUCUCCUCAUCACAAAGUUCAGAGAAGCAUAUCUUCUAGCCAGAAACAGCGGCGGUACAGUGAUCAUGCUGGACCAUCCAUCCCCUCAGUAGUGGCGUAUCCCAAAAGAAGCCAGACUAGUACUACAGACAGUGACCUCAAAGAGGAAGGAAUUCAGUCAAGAAAAUCCAGCAGUAGUGCUGUUGCAGGAAGAGGAAUUGCACCAGCUAGUCCAAUGCUUGGAAAUGCCAGCAAUCCCAAUAAGGCUGAUAUUCCUGAACGUAAGAAAAGUUCGGCUGUUCCUAGUAAUAAUACUGCCCCCGGAGCAAUGACACGGCGCAACACAUAUGUUUGUAGUGAAAGAACCACUGCUGAUAGGCAUUCAGUGAUACAAAAUGGCAAGGAGAACAGCCUGACAGAAAUGUUCGCUUACGCAGCUAGCCCUGCUUCAGUUUGUACUACAUCCUUCUCCAGUGUUCGGCUGCGACAUCAGAAGUCGAUGUCCAUGUCAGCCUCUGUGCACACGAAGAUGAUGUUGCCUCCAAUAGACAAUGGCGCAGAUAACUUCAGGCCUAUCACUAUUCCCGAUCAAAGAACUCCUGUUGCUUCAACUCACAGCAUUAGCAGUGCAACCACACCUGAUCGUAUUCGUUUCCCCAGAGGAACGGCUAGUCGGAGCACUUUCCACGGACAGCUCAGAGAGCGACGUACUGCUACCUACAACGGACCGCCAGCCUCCCCCAGUCUGUCCCACGAAGCAACGCCGCUCUCACAGACUCGAACCAGGGGUUCCACUAAUCUGUUUAGUAAACUAACUUCAAAACUAACCAGAAGGCUCCCGACUGAAUAUGAGAGGAACGGGAGAUUUGAGGGCUCAAGCCGCAACGUAGCUGUGGAUCAGAAGGACGAGAACAAGGAAGCCAAGCCUCGGUCGCUGCGUUUCACCUGGAGCAUGAAAACCACCAGCUCCAUGGAUCCCAAUGACAUGAUGAGGGAAAUACGAAAGGUCCUGGAUGCCAAUAAUUGUGACUAUGAACAAAGAGAGCGUUUCUUGCUUUUCUGUGUCCACGGAGAUGGGCAUGCGGAAAACCUUGUACAGUGGGAGAUGGAGGUGUGUAAACUGCCAAGACUGUCCCUGAACGGAGUUCGCUUUAAGCGGAUAUCGGGAACAUCCAUAGCUUUUAAAAACAUUGCUUCCAAAAUUGCCAAUGAGUUAAAGCUGUAACAAGAAAAAUAGUUAAGUUGUAAAUUAGUUAGCAAUUUCAAGUGUUUUUGAGAAUUCCGAUGGAAAUGUAUAGAAUAACAUUUAGGCAAUAACUUCUGCAUCCUUCUGAAUAGUGAUAUUAAAGAAAAAAGCUGCUGAGCUGGGAGGGAGAGUUGGACUUUUUUAUAAGUGCACUACAGCAUUAAAGUUGCCUACUAUGUAAAAUACUACCCCUUCUGCUUUAUUUCCAUUGCUUCUAAGUCUUUGAAAACAAAUUGAAACACAGAAUAUAUUCAUUUAAAUAUGCUUCCCGUUUGUGUGGACGUGUGAAUGUAUAGUAUGUGUGUAUAAUAUAUAAAGUAUUCUAUGUAAACAAUUCAUUUACAACAUCGAGCUGUACCAGUACCUCUUUUUGGGCUGAUUUUGGUGCUAAAAAUUGAAAUGGCCAAGGAGGAAACACUUGAGUUUAAUAUUUAAAAUAAGUGAAGCGAUAACCAGUAAAUGCAGGUUUACAGUUCACUGCUGUGUUAAGGAGAGAAAAACUAAAGUGUGUGAAGGGUUUGGGUUUACGGUUGUGAACAUUAUUAGUCCUGUUUUCUAAGUAGAUCUCAUGAGAUAAUUAAAAAUUCACUUUUACCGAGUAA